CCACACCACCCAAAUAUAUACACUCGAGAUAGUAGUCCUCAUCAGUUGGUUAUUCUCACUCCAAGAUUUGAGCUUUUUCUCUGAUAGAGAAGAAGCAAAAAUGGGGAGAUCUGAAAGGGCAUUCAUGGUGGGAUUGUUAUUGGUGCUGGUUUUGUGCUUGGUGGGAGAAGCUGGUGCUGGGAGUGCUGCAAAGUACAAGGACCCAAAGCAGCCAGUGGGUGUUAGGAUCAGAGAUUUGAUGAAAAGGAUGAGUCUUGCUGAGAAGAUUGGUCAGAUGACUCAGAUUGAGAGGAAUGUUGCCACUUCUGAUGUCAUGAAGCAAUACUUCAUUGGGAGUGUAUUGAGUGGAGGAGGAAGUGUGCCCAAACCAAACGCGACCCCUAAAGAUUGGACAAACAUGGUGGACGAGCUUCAGAAAGGGGCGCUUUCGACCCCCCUCGGUAUCCCUAUGAUCUAUGGGAUUGAUGCAGUUCAUGGGCACAACAAUGUCUACAAGGCCACCAUUUUUCCUCACAAUAUUGGGCUUGGUGUCACCAGGGAUCCAGAACUAGUGAAAAAGAUUGGAGCAGCAACUGCACUUGAAGUUAGAGCAACAGGAAUCCCAUAUGCUUUCGCUCCUUGCAUUGCAGUUUGUAGGGACCCGAGAUGGGGACGGUGUUACGAAAGCUAUAGUGAAGAUCACAAGAUUGUGCAGAUGAUGACCGAACUCAUCCCCGGCUUACAAGGAGAUCUCCCUGCUAACUACCGUCCCGGAGUUCCUUUUGUCGCUGGAAAGAACAAAGUUGCAGCGUGCGCGAAGCAUUUUGUGGGAGAUGGGGGAACGGUAAGAGGGAUUGACGAGAACAAUACGGUAAUAGACAUGAAGGAAUUGUUCAGCAUUCACAUGCCAGCAUACUAUGAUUCAAUCAAGAAGGGUGUUGCCACUGUUAUGGUUUCUUACUCCAGUGUAAAUGGCCAUAAGAUGCAUGCCAAUGGUGACCUAGUCACCGGCUUCCUCAAGAACAAGCUCAAGUUCAGGGGAUUUGUGAUAUCAGAUUGGCAAGGCAUUGACAGGAUUACCAGCACGCCGAACUAUACGUAUUCUGUACAAGCUGGGAUUCUUGCAGGCAUUGACAUGGUCAUGGUACCACAGAUCUACAAAGAUUACAUUAAUGAUUUGACGGAUUUGGUGAACAAGAAAGUCAUUCCGAUGAGUAGGAUCGACGAUGCUGUCAGGAGGAUACUGAGGGUCAAGUUUGCUAUGGGUCUCUUUGAGAAUCCAAUGUCUGAUCCUAGCUUGGCCAACCAGCUUGGAAGCCAGGAACACAGAGAAUUGGCUCGGGAAGCGGUGAGAAAAUCAUUAGUGCUUCUGAAGAACGGAAAAAGUGCCGCUGCCCCUCCAUUGCUUCCCCUUCCUAAGAAAGCCACAAAGAUUCUUGUGGCCGGGACUCACGCGGACAACUUGGGAUACCAAUGUGGAGGCUGGACCAUCGAAUGGCAAGGCUUUAAGGGCAAUGAUCGCACCGUUGGAACAACCAUUUUGUCCGCGAUCAAGAAAACUGUUGAUCCUUCGACGCAAGUCGUGUAUCAAGAAAGCCCAGACGCAGGCUAUGUCAAGUCGAACAGCUUCUCCUACGCCAUAGUGGUCGUGGGCGAGGUCCCAUACGCGGAGAUGUAUGGUGACAGCACGAACCUCACCAUUGCGGGGACCGGUUACGCCACCAUAGACAGUGUGUGUGGGGCAGUCAAGUGCGUGGUUGUCGUGAUCUCGGGACGCCCCGUGGUGAUUGGGUCCCACGUUGCGAAGAUGGAUGCCCUGGUCGCGGCGUGGCUGCCCGGAUCAGAAGGGCAGGGGGUCACGGACGCCUUGUUUGGGGAUUACGGGUUCUCGGGCAAGCUUGCCCGAACGUGGUUCAAGUCGGUCGAUCAGCUCCCGAUGAACGUGGGGGACCCACAUUACGACCCGUUGUUCCCCUUCGGGUUCGGGCUCACGACGAAGCCCGUGAAGGCCUAAUAUAUCAAUCCAGAUGGGAAGCAAGUGUGAAGAGAGUAGCUAGAGAAGCAUUGAUGUGUUAAGGACUUCCUUUUUGGGUCAUUUUUUUCCCAUAAAAGACUGCAAAAAUUUUACUUUCAUCAUUCUAUGUUUCAACUGAGAGUUUCAAUUUAAAUUAGACUUUGGUGCACAUCACUUUUGACACUAAAAGAAGAUUAGAGAGAAUUUUAUGUGUGAGCAAUUCAAUUAGUUCACUAAGAGUUCUCUCAAAUUAUUUUUUUAGUGUCAAACGUGGUAUGCGCCAUGGCAAGUCCACUUUCUAUUUGAUAUUUUAAGUUUUUCAAUGUACUAUUUUGAUUGUGAGUAAUUAUAUUUGUAUUUUGAUUGUGAGUAAUUAUAUUAUAUUUUGAUUAUAUAAAUAAAUAUUCCACGAAUGA